GUUUACUUUCUCUUCUAUAUUUGAAGCCUAAUUUCAUCGAUUACCAAAAGGGAGAGAAUGGAAAUAUUUGACUUAGAGAAACAAUUUGCAUUCUAUGGCGCUUACCAUAGCAACCCAGUGAAUAUAUUGAUUCAUAUGGUGUUUGUGUGGCCUAUCUUAUUCACUGCUCUUAUUCUUUUCGAUUUUACGCCCUCACUUUUCAAUUUACCUCCGAUUCAGCUUUGUGAGCACAGUUCUUUGGUCCUUAAUUAUGGGUUUUUGUUUACUUUGGGGUAUGCACUGUUCUACGUGUGUUUGGACAAGAAAGCUGGCUCUUUGGCUGCUUUGCUAUGUUUGAUUUGUUGGGUUUCCAGUGGUAUGGUUGCUCGUCAAUUGGGGUUCUCUCUCGCCUGGAAGGUUGUUCUAGCGGCUCAAUUGUUCUGCUGGACUGGACAAUUUAUAGGUCAUGGAGUGUUUGAGAAGCGAGCACCUGCCCUUCUGGACAAUCUUGCACAAGCUUUCCUUAUGGCACCAUUCUUCGUUCUCCUUGAGGCCCUCCAAUCUCUUUUUGGCUAUGAACCAUACCCUGGGUUUCAUUCAAAAGUGAAAGCAACAAUUGAUGCUGAAAUCAAAGAAUGGCAGGAGAAGAAACAGAAAAAGAUAUCUUAAAUUUGAUAAGCGAGGUUAUUAUUACCUAUUCUAAUUGUAUCAGUAAAUGAUCGAAGUUUGUUCGAAUGUGAACUGCUCUUGUACACGUUAGCUUGGUUUUUGUAUGUAUACUUGAUAAAGUCAAAAACUUGGUUUUGUAUAUAUCCUUUAUGAAAUCAACUAUUUAUUAAAA